AUGGCCUCAGCCUCUCGACGCCCCUCCAAGAGUCCCCCGCGCCAGGACAUUGAGAUUCCCUUCGGUGUCGCCCGUAUGUCCGCUUGGUUCUAUCCCUCCCCCAUCGCAACGACAGACAAGCCCGGACCCUGCGUCGUCAUCGGCCACGGUUUAGGUGCCUUCAAGUCGAUGCGUCUCGAUGCGUACGCCGAGACGUUCCAAAAAGCCGGGUACAGCGCUUUGGCGUUCGAUUACCGAGGCUUCGGAGAGAGCACCGGCUCGCCGAGGCAGAUCUUGGAUUGGAAUGCGCAACAAGAGGAUUGGAAGGUCGUGUUGGAGUAUACGCGUACCGAGUUUAAGAAAGUUGGUCAGUUUUUUUUGUAAAAGUGAUUCGGGCGUUGUUCCGCGGUUCCCUGGUGGGAACAUAAUACCAGGAGUAGAUAAGAGACUGACAGGGUCGUUUUUGGGACAUCGUUCCGCUACGGGCCGGACUCGACAGACCCGGAGCGCAUCGCGAUAUUCGGCACCUCCUUUGGAGGUGGUGAGUCAAAUUAACACAAGUGUAUAAAAAGCUUCAGACUGACCUCAUCCACCUUCUCCACAGCCCACGCCAUCACCGCCGCCUCCGGGGACAAGCGCAUCAAAGCCGCCAUCUCGCAAUGCCCCUUCACCUCUGGCUUCCAUUCCUCCUUGACGGUCGAUUGGAAAACCUUGCCUUGGGUCUUGUUCGCAGCGACGAAGGAUGUGCUCUUUGGGACCAAAGAUUCGUACACCCCCAUCAAAUUGGCUGGGUACCCGGGUGAACGUGAGUCUCGGGGAGCUGUUUUUUGGGGUUUUGGAGAGAGGCUCUUCGAGGACCGGGGUGAUCAUGUGACUCCGAACCUCACGGGCUCACACUUUCGCACUGGUGAUGAGGCCGCAGCCCGCUGACUACGUUUGCUCCCAUUCUUAUUAAUGCAUCCCUCUGAUCCAGCCGCCCUGAUGAACGCCUCGGACGUGAUGACGGGCUUCAACCGUUUCGUCUCCAAGGACUAUCGCGCCCAACACCCCGAUCGUGAAUACGUCGCCGCUCGCAUUGUCUACCAAAUGCCCUUCCUCUACCCUGGUCGUGACGCGAAAAGGGUUCAAUGUCCCAUUUACUUCGCGAUUUGUAAGAAUGAUUCGGUCGCGCCUCCGGGGGCUACGAUGGGGUAUGCGAAGCAGGCGCCAAGGGGGGAGAUUAAGGAAUACGGGGUGAGUGGAGGCCUUUUUUGUUGGUGGUCAGGGGCAUGGAUGAUCUCCUGUCUGUUUCAUCAGCGGUGUGACUAAUGUGGGCCGCUUUAUCUCUCGCAUAGGCGGGUCAUUUCGAGAUCUACUACGACGAGCAUUUCGAAGAAGCGACCAAAGACUAUGUCGACUUUUUGCACAGGCACCUGCCCCCCAACUAG